UUUGAAGUGAAAGGACGGUUCUAGUUCUUUCAAAACCAUCUCUAAAACCCUCCGUGUGUGGAUCGAGCUCCUCUUCUUGCUAGUGUUCGACAAUGGAAAUGCAGCCGGUUUGCCUGGGGAUCUCUGCCCCGAAGCCCAAGCUGUUCGAUCACCGUAUCCUACGUCGCCAUUCUAUUUAUGGGGGCAACAUGGGGUCGAAGGACCGGAGAGCUUGUGUUGAGAAGACACCGACCUCCUUGAUGCCGCGAUUGAAGGCGGUAUUUAAGGAUGGCCUGAGCAGGGGAACUGCCGUGUGCGCGAGUAGAGGGCGUGGUGGUGCGGAUGUGCUGGUUUGUCGUGCCGGCGGGGUGGAACCUUUCAGAGGAAAGGCGGGUUCUGUGUCAUUCUAUGGGUUGACUCAUCAUCUAGUCGAAGAGGCGAAAUUGGAAACCGCCCCUUUUGAGAAGGACAAGGGGUCGUAUCUAUGGUUGUUGGCUCCUGCUGCUUUGAUUUCGUCGUUGAUUCUUCCGCAGUUCUUUCUUGGAAAUGCAGUCGAGGCGUCCUUGAAGAAUGAGACUCUCGUAGAAAUCGUGACUUCUUUGUCCUUUGAUGCUAUGUUUUACGUUGGUCUUGUGACCUUCUUGCUCGUAACCGAUCGCGUUCAAAGACCGUAUCUCCAAUUUAGUCCAAAGAGAUGGAGUCUCAUUACAGGACUCAGAGGGUACUUAAGUUCUGCUUUCUUCACAAUGGGUUUCAAGGUGGUAAUCCCGCUAUUCACUGUGUACAUAACUUGGCCGGUAGUUGGUCUGCCAUCCGUUAUUGCAGUAGCUCCUUUUCUCAUUGGAUGCCUUGCUCAACUUGUUUUUGAGAAGAGUCUUGACAAGAGUGGGUCAUCGUGUUGGCCCCUGGUCCCUAUACUUUUUGAGGUGUAUAGACUUUAUCAGCUGACAAAAGCUGCUCAUUACAUUGAGCGGCUAAUGUUCACAAUGAAAGAUCUUCCUGCAUCUCCAGAAGUACUUGACAGAAGUGGUGCCCUGGUUGCCACAAUUGUGAGUUUCCAAAUCCUUGGAUUGCUGUGCCUUUGGUCCCUGAUUACAUUUCUUCUGAGGCUCUUUCCUUCUAGACCUGUAUCAGAGAAUUACUAGUGUUUCCAGAGAUGCCGUAUAUAUUUCAUCUUGUUCUUGAACCAUUGGCGACAGACAUAACUUUUGAUUUUGCAUGUUUUGAUACCCUUAUGGACAUGAUGAAAUGCAUAAGUAGGGAUAGUGCAGGUCUCACAGGUCACGCAAUCUUUUCUUUUUCUUGUCACUUCUUGUCAACCUUUGUUAUGAAGUUAGCUGUUGAUCC